AUGGCGACACGGCCGAGCCGGUAUCGGUCGUCGACCUCAGCGUCGAACCAGCUGGCGACGAGCAAAGCGGCCGAGGUUCUCCAAAGCCUUCUUCACGGCGUUCAGGCCGUGAUCUCGCCGCCAUCCUCCUCUCCAGCACGGCCGCUGUUGCUACCGACUGACCAGCCAUCGACAGCGCCGGCAAGGAGACAAACUGUUAGCGGCUUCCCAGACAUCCAAGCCCUACUCAAGUACGCCCGCCAGAUUCACCAGUACCUUACCGCUCUGCAACCACCAAACACCGCGCAGGAUGACUUCCGACAUAUGCACGGCUUCCAACUGCUCUUGAGCGUCCUACGGUCCUUCUCCGGCUACUACAACCCGCAAGUGCGCAGUGAUGCGGAGAAACGCGCCCUCUUUGAGCUGCUCCACGUGGUGCUGGCUGUCCUGUCUGCUGCCUUCCGGGGCCACCACGGCAACCGGCGCUACUUCCGGCAUCGUGUCGAAGGCGGCGGCUGGGAGGCCCUGGAGCAGAUCAUUGCUAGCAUCGGCCUCGGCGUGAGCGACUCGGACAUGUGGGGCAAUUGCCAGCUAUUUGGCAAGCUCCUCUCCUUUGCACUCGACGACCAGCGGAUGGACGAGCUCUGCCAGUGGAUAGCCACUGUUUCCAUUGCCAAUUCGUCCAAAGCCAAGGCCACAGCUACGGCCGGUGGUGCACCAGAAGCAAAACAACACGAGAGCACACAACAAGACACAAAGAAGAAUGGAGAUUUACGGACAGAGGACAGCGACAACGCCGCGGGUAGGGAUGAGGUUGCGGCUGAAUCAAAGGAGAUGGAUGGGUCGACUGUGACGGACGAAAACGAAAGCUUCGAGCAUGUCAGCAAGGAAGACGCACUGGAAGACGCAGCAGAAGAUACGACGAAGGCAAAGGACGCUGCGCUGUCGGGUGCAUUUGACACUGCGCACAUGAAGACGAGGCUCAGCGACAUCAUUGCGCCCAAGACGGAGCUACAGAAUGCCGAAGUGAUGCGCACGGUCAUUGGCUUCUGGGAGUGCAUUCCGCGGAGUCAGGCUGCCGAGACGGAUCCCAUCUCUCUGCUGGUUCUCGACACCGUCGCGGCGUUGCUGCACAUAUCUCUUUCCAACCUGUCAGCUCUCCACAGCACCGGCAUUCUGUCCCGCUUCCUCCGGCUGUAUUUUGCUGUACCAUCGCCGCUCAGCACCGAGGAACGCGAGCGAAUUCUCCCCAUCUGCCGGUCGCUGAUGUACCUCGGUGUCAACCAGCUGUCCGAUGCCCAGUUCUUGCUCUCGAGCACAGAUCCAGCUGCAUCCGUCUUUUGUCUAGAUGUGGCCUCGAAAUAUACCGGCCCCCCAUUUGUGCAAUUCGAUCUGUCCCACUGUGGCCACUCAUCCAUCGAGCUGCCCAACCUGGGCCGCUCGUUCCCGCCCAUGGCCGGCAAUGGCUACACGUUCACAUGCUGGAUGCGUGUCGACACAUUCGACCGCAAAUCACACACCACAAUUUUUGGCGUGUUCGACGCUUCGCAAACCUGCUUCCUUCUUCUGUAUCUUGAGCGUGACACCCACAACUUCAUUCUCCAAACCUCCGUCACGUCGUCCCGGCCUAGUGUCCGCUUUCGGUCUGUCAGAUUCAGCGAGAAGCAAUGGUAUCACGUUGCUCUUGUGCACCGCCGUGGCAAGACGCGCGCCUCACUCUAUGUCAACGGCGAGUUCGUGGAGCAGGUCAAGGCGGCCUAUCCCGUACCGCCGCCGACAGUACCUGGCGGGACUUCCGAGAGCUUCGUCUCCUUUGCGAGCAACAACCGCGGAAAACCCAUCCCCGUCCAAGCCUUCCUAGGAACGCCUAAGGAUCUAUCUGUGCAGGUGGGCUCGGACUCCAAGUGGUCCUUGGCCUCCGCCCACCUCUUUGAAGAAACGCUCAGCGAUGACUUUAUUGCUGUGCACUUCCGGCUCGGUCCCCGCUACCAAGCAAACUACCAGGACAGCCUCGGCGGUUUUCAGACCUACUCGGCAUCGGCCCGUCUGGCUCUCCGCAAUGAUUUUCACGGGGGCAAAGACGAGAACUCGGACAUCCUGCGUGCCAUCCGCGAUAAGGCCUCGUCCAUAGCACCGGAACAGAAGAUCUUGAUGAGCACCCUGCCCCGCUCCACCUUCCGUAUUGACGGCACGUUUUUCGAAUCGCUCCUCUUCCGAUCCCUUUCGCGAGCUUCGGCAGCGAACUUGCUCUCCCUCACUGCCAAGAGCGGUACGGCCAUUGCUAUUAAUGGUGCCCUCCCCUGCAUCAACGACGCGCUUGUGCGUUCCCACGGCGUGUCCAUUCUCACUGGAGACCCCGUGCUGGCGACGCCAUAUAACUUUGACGACAAUCUGUGGCGCCUUGCUGGCUUCUCAUCACUCGCCUUGAAGCUGGUGGAGCGGACGACCACUGCCGAAGAACUUGUUCGUGCCACCGAGAUGGUAUUCCAUUGCAUCAACAGCAGUUGGCGGAAUAGCGACGCCAUGGAACGGGAUAAUGGAUAUGCUAUCCUGGGCAUGCUGCUGCGAGCAAAGCUGGGCAGCGCCCCUUCGUCGGCGCCGUUGCUUUUGGUCACCACGAUUCCCCUUGCGUCUGAAAGCUCAAGCUGGAAGGCGGCACCAGUGACAGGUGACCGGACGGAUACGAGCUUGCGUUUGCUCAAGCUUGUUCUUGCCUUUGUUGGCUACGACCAUGCAAACCCUCUCGAGUCUCUCAUAAUCAAUCCGUUGGCAUAUCGCAUUCUCCUGAUCGACUUCGACACAUGGCGGAAAGCGCCGCCCGACACACAGCAGCUAUACUACGAACAGUUUGACACGUUUGCCGUUAUGAGCAAGUUCCAUCAGUUCAACAGCCGGCGCCUUCUUCGGAUGCGAAUCAUUAAAAGACUACUCGACGCUAUGAAGGUCGAGAUGGUGUCCGAGGAGAUUCUGCCACACUUCUUGAAAUCGUUUGAGAGUCUUGUCCGGUGCAACUAUAACGCCGAAGUCCACCGGUCACUUGCUCUCUACAUCACAUAUGCGCUUCACUCCCCAGCGCCAACCCACAUUUCCCGGACCCCACGACCACUUGGGGCGGGCGGCCAGUCCAGUGCAAGUUUAGGAAGCGGCCUGCAGCGACGCCAUACAGGCGGGUCGUCGUCAGGACGUGGCGGCUCCGAAACUAGCUCCAUGGCUCCGGCGGAAACGUCCAAGAGCCUGACCAAGAAGAAACUCGGCGUUCGCAUCCUCAAACUUUACGAGCAACUCCUCUGCGAGGAGGGCGUCGUCGCUAACAUCCGCAAGUUUGCCCGGACCGUUACUAACAAGUGGCUGCUGUGCCUUCUUUCGUUCGACGACCCUGACGUGCUGUUGAGCGGGUGCCGGAUUUUAACUCGUCUCCUCGUCUCGCAAGGGCCGAGUUAUGUACAGAAGUUUGCUAGUAAGUCUGGCGGCUUCUGGAUCCUGGCGCACCGGCUCAAGCACUGGUGGGAUGUUCCGAGCGUCUGGUUUUGCGUUAUAGCGAUCCUGUUUGGCAAAGACGUGGCCGGAAUCGACUCCCUUUCGGGCCAGACACUUACCUUUGAAGCGCUUGUGUCUGAAUUUGGUGCUGGCUCCAAGAUUGUUUGCCCGGACGCCCUCUAUGUUGUCGUAGCUAUGCUACAGCAGGGGCUUGGCGACGUUCUAAAGUCGAGCGAUGUCUCCUCCCCGAGCCCAUUUGCGGAUGAGAACAACAGCCCGGCUGUUGCAAGUGCUCCGGCGCCUGCUCCGGCUCCGGCCCCGACCCCAGCUACUGUUUCUGCCACCGCCAAGAAGGCUACUGUCCUGGAUGCUGUUGUGAAAUUUUUGUCAAAUCUGCACGCGUCUUCGGUCGAGUUCCGCGACUCUACGCUGGCUUCCGAUUACGUGCGACUUUUGUCGUCCGCUCUCUUCCCUGCUGUUGUGAACAUGGAGGCCCUCGCGCCCGAAACAGAGCUCAACUCCAAGGACGCGCCUCUGCGGUUCGAUGGCGCCGACAUCGUCGUUAGGCAGCGACCAACCUCCGCCGCCAUGGUUCGCACGUCGAGUAUCAACUCGAACCUGAGCUCCAGCCUGCAUUCGACGAUUGGCGGGUCAACUUUCGACGUGGCCGCUGACUCUGCCGUCCUCGCCUCCACCGAAUCGAUCCCCUCGACCGCUGGCCGGCCGGGACCUUCCACCGCAACCCGAGAACGACGUUCGUCGUCAUUUAUCCUGCUGACCACGCAAGCCGCACCUCCGUCGUGGCACACGGCCAAGCUCGCGGUGCACGCCUCCCCAAAGAGACAGCUAGUCGUCAUUCCGCAGCAAGGCAGCAAUGGCCUGCAGGAGAGCUUGAUGGGCCUGAUUGUCGACGGCUUCGUGGACCAAGUGCUCGUCCGCAAAGAGUUUCCGGGGUUCAACCUCGGCCUUCGGACCCCUCCAUCCUUCCAAGAGCACCAAGCAUACUUUGAGUCGGCCAUUCUGCGAAGCACGAUCCUGCGCGUCAAGGAUGUUUUGCAGCGUGACCUGCGCAUUCUCUGCGAGCCAAAGGUGCUGACAAACAUGGCACGCUUCACUGCUCACAUGGUGGAGGCGACGUUCGACGGCACAUUCGUGAAUAGUGUCGACGUUCUCAUGGAUUUCACCGGCUUGAUCCUCGAAUACCUGCACCGGCCCGAUGUCGCGUCCCUGAAAAGUGUUCGGCUCUGUAACCAAGCCGUCAUGUCCAUCCGGACGUCUUUCCUCAAGCUCGUGCUUUUCCGCCUGUCCGACGUCGAAGCCGAGAUCGAACAUAGCAGCGGGCAACAACCCGACAUGGUGGCUGCGCUGCCUGUGCUGGAGCGAAUAUUUUACUGGCAGUCUGUUCUCAUAGACUGCUUGUCCACUGAAAUCACAUCUGACGAAUACCACAUGAAGUUGCUGUUCUACCAGCUUUACGCGCGCCUCCUUGACCCCGACGAAUCCGUCCGGCUGGCCGCAGCCAGCAUCUGGCGGGUCAUCCUGGUCCAGAAGCCAAACGAGUCCGCCACAGUUCUUCGUUCCUGCGCCACCACCGACCAGCUGCACCUGGCGCGCUCGUUCCGGGCCUUGACUGAAGUUGACGACGGCACGUUCCUUGAGUGGGUCGACAAGCACCGUCCCUCGCUCGACGCCUUCUUCCUUGGCGGCAUGUCCAAGUUCUGGGAAGAUUUUGUGACCAGCGAGAACCAGCGGGCAGCCGACGCGAUUAAAACACGCAUCGCCCGUCGCCGCGACAAGCUCAAGCAAUGGCAGCUGGAGACCCAAGAGCGCAGCAACAUUCUGCUGCGCCAUGAAAUGGCCAACAGCUCGUGGAUGAAAAGUAUCUAUGGCACGGAGCACUUCAAGCUGCAGCGCGUCCUGCAAGAUCAACAAGAUGACCUCACGUACCUGGCCACCACCUUUGGCAAGAUGGAGCGGGACCUGAAGCGCCCGGGUGCCGUGUUUUCUGCAUCCGGCGCCCCGACAAAAUGGAAGCUCGACCGCACAGAAGGCCGCAACCGCAUGCGCCUUCGACUGCUCCCCGACUCGUCUGACCGUGUCAAGAACAUCUCCCAGUCUAAGAAGAAGGCCACGGACUCAGCAGCAGCAGCAGCAGCCACACCCACAUCGGCAGGAGGCAACACAAAUGGUAGUGGUGGUACACCUGUGUCCGAGUCCGCCCAGCCGGCAUUGUCUACUGUACCUUCCAAUGCCUCCGCGACGUCAACAGCCCCUUCGACAGCCACCCUGCGGCCUCUGGACACCACAAGUAGUGCAACUGGCGGAAUUGCGGUUACGCCAAUGUCGUCCAAAGAAACACCUGUUGACCCAUUCUCUGCGGUCCAGGUCCCUGAAGGGGCAGCUGCUAACGGCAUGCCCAGCGGUGCUCUGCAGGCCCCAGGGCCGGCGCCAGGAACGGAUGCCGGCGUGGCCCCGGAAGAAGACUUUGAGCUGAUUGACGAUCCGAACGAGCCAGAUGGUGAGGAUGGCUUCGAGGACAAAAACCGGAAGGUCAUGCGUCGCCUGGAGCAGGGCGACGUCGUGCAGAAUGUGUACAACGUGUCUCGCAUCAUUGGCCUUGAUGCUUGUGAAGGUAUUCUCAUCGUUGGCAAGGACGCCUUGUACAUUAUGGACAAUGUGUUCCAGUGCCGCGACGGUGAGAUUGUGAAUGCUUGGCAAGCACCCGCCGACGAGCGCGAUCCAUUCUCGCAGAUUAUCGCCGCGAAGCCAACCAACAGCCACGACAAAGACGGCGCAGCCAACAACAACGUCAACGGACAGCCGCACUUCCAAGGCGUCGAGCAAGAAUCACGAAGCUGGCGAUGGUACGAUGUGAUCAGUGUGUCCAAGCGGCGCUUCCUCUUCCGCGACGUCGCCAUUGAGCUCUUCUUCCGCGAUGGUCGGAGCUAUCUCUUGACGCUGAUUGACAACGCGAAGCGCGACGACGUCUACGGCCGACUGAUGGGCAAGAUCCCUCACGCGAGCGGACCAGCAAACGCACUGCCCAACCCAGAAGACGCGUGGCGCCUCGAAGGGCUCCGGGUAGCGGAAGAGGGGCCGCAGACGCUGGGCUCCAAAUUCGGCAGCAUCUUCAACUCGUCGCCGUGGAGCCCGUCUAUGCGGCGGUGGCAGAAGGGCGAGAUGUCCAACUUCCACUACCUGAUGCUGGUCAACACGAUGGCCGGCCGCACGUUCAACGAUCUGACGCAGUACCCCGUGUUUCCCUGGGUGCUGGCGGACUACACCAGCAGCGAACUGGACCUGACCAACCCGGCGACAUUCCGCGACCUGUCCAAGCCGAUGGGUGCCCAGACGCUGCAGCGCCAGUCCGAUUUCGCGAUGCGCUACAGCACGCUGGCGGAGAUGGGGCAGCCGCCGUUCCACUACGGAACACACUACUCGUCGGCCAUGGUCGUGUCGUCGUACCUGAUCCGACUGCCACCGUUUGUGCAGUCAUUCUUGCUGCUGCAGGGCGGGCAUUUUGACCAUCCCGACCGGCUUUUCUACUCCAUUGAGGGCGCGUGGCGAUCUGCCUCGCAUGACAACGGCGCCGACGUGCGGGAGUUGAUUCCGGAGUUCUUCUGCCUGCCCGAGUUCUUGGUCAACAUCAACGGGUACGAUUUUGGGCGGCGACAGGACGGCAGCAAGAUUGACAACGUGCUGCUGCCGCCGUGGGCCAAGGGCGACCCGAACAUAUUUAUUGCGAAGCACCGCGAGGCGCUGGAGAGCCCGUACGUGUCGCAGAACCUGCACAAGUGGAUCGACCUGGUGUUUGGGCACAAGCAGCGCGGCGACGCGGCCGUGGAGAACCUCAACGUGUUUCACCACCUGUCGUACCACGGCGCCAUCGACCUGGACAACAUCAAGGACCCGCAGGAGCGUGCGAUUGUUACGGGCAUCAUCCACAACUUUGGGCAGACGCCGCGCCAGGUCUUUUCCCGGCCGCACCAGGCACGGGAGCACGACGCGUGCCCCAUCCGGCGCAUCGACUCGGUCGCCGACUCGCUUACGCGCAUCCCGCACCCGAUCCUGGAGAGCCGAGAGCGCGUCGCGUCGCUCAUCUAUGUGGCGAAGCUCGACCGCCUGCUGUGCGCGUCGCCGUUCCGGCUCAACCUGCCGCCGUUCUACGACAAGUAUCUCGAAUGGGGCUACACCGACAACAGCGUGCGGUUCUACCACAGCGACAACCGCAAGCUGGCGGGUCUGUUUGAGAACCUGCACAUCGGCCAGAUCUCGUGCGUGGCCUUUGCCGACUCCAAGACGCUGAUCACGGCGGGCGAGGACUGUGCCGUGUCCGUGUACGCGGUGGUGCAGUCGGGCUCGGGCAAGCCCGUCGAGCUGCUGACGCGCAGCUCGCUCUUUGGGCACAAGACGCCGGUGACGACCGUGGCCGUGUCGAAUGCGUUUAGCACGCUGCUCACCGUCAGUCAAGACGGCGUGGCGAUGCUGUGGGACCUGAACCGGCUCGAGUUCAUCCGCAAGCUGCCGGGCGCGCGGCCGGUGGAGUGCGCGCGGAUCAACGACGUGACGGGCGAGAUCAUGCUGUGCUCGGGCCCGAACGUGGUGCUCUACACGCUCAACGGCGAGCCGCUGCUGGACCAGAAUGUGUGCGACGGCGGGCCCGAAGACUACGUGCACUCGUGUGCCUUCUACGAGGGAGCGGGCAACGAGUGGCUUGAGAACUACCUGGUGCUGACGGGCCACCGGUGUGGGCGUGUUAACAUCUGGCGCAAGACCGUCGGCCCGCGCGGACGGUGGGUGCUGGAGCUGGAGCGGCGGCUGGACCACGUCGAUCCCCGGUCGGAGAACGGGGCGAAUGUGGACGCCGCCAUUACGUGCAUCACGCCGAUGCCGCAGGUCGUGUACACGGGCGACGACGACGGACGUGUAGUAAGUUUCGUCUUUGACCCCGGCUUUUGGUACGUCCUUGGAUGA